CUGAAGUUUCCUCCUAAUUUCCCUACUAUUUCAUCAUGUUUUCUGCGUUCUACAUCCAAACAACUUCGUAUUCACGCAAUCCUCAAUUCCCCCAAACGUAAUUUCUAGCUCAAGAAGAACCAAACAAACUUCUCCUCAAUCUCCACAAAACUUUCCCAACAUCAUAGACAAAGACCAAAACUUUUCCAAAGAAUUUUCUCUUCAAUUUUCUUGAAAAAUGUCUGGCAGUCUCCCUGGUGUUGAGUGUGCAAGGAGGAGGAGGCUUCAUCAGAGCAAUAGGGUGUUGUUGGAUUCACCCUCUUCUCCAUCUGCCUAUUUCUCAAGCACAAGAAAAUCCUUCUUUUGUUUGUACACUAGCAACAACUCAUCCCCUUCCAUGCAGGGGAGUGGAUUAACACGGGCCUACCAUGAUGAGAUGAUGGGUGAGGUUGCCAGAGAAGCCAAGCAGAGAUUGGAUGAGAAGCUUAGAGCUAGAUGGAAACCAGAUCACAAGAGGAAUGGGAAUAGGCCAGAAAUGGGUAUUUUGAAGAGGGUGGACUUGGGGUUGAAGAAUACUGGCCUCAAUAAGUUGUGUUGCGUCACAAAUUCUGGGCUUCAAGGCUUGAGAAACCUGGAGAAAUAGUCAUUAGUCAUGAAAAUGAUCAUGUUUAGUAAAAUAGUUAAUUUAUCAGUAUUUAGACGAAUUAGAUUUUAAUUCGUUUCAAUUGCGGUGCUAUUGUUGUAUUGCUAUUUGUUAUUGAACAAAAGUGAAAUAGCAAUGAUUUUUUUAUAUAAUUUUCGGUAUUAUUAGUA